CCCGAAUUGUCGCAAUGAUGAAUAGUUUUUUCGUAGCUCCUGUGUAAGAAAGUAGUUGUUUUGCCGUACGUCGUUGUUCUUGCUUCCUUGUCGUCGUGUCAGAUACUUGCAAGUACAUCGAGUAGUUGGUGCCGACAGUGUAGAAAUAUUGGAGUUUUUGGUUUCACCUCAACAUGAGUAUGGCAACACAACUGUGAAGGCUGGUCUUCACAAAGAAGAAAUAGCGAAUAUGCAACGCUUUUCGUAAGGAGCUCCACACAAUCUUCGGGUUCGUGCGCUGCCCUAAACAACAAGACGUGGCAGCGGAUGCAAAGACCCGUGCUGGUUUUACAUGAGGUGGCUAUGGCUAUGAACGAAUGUUGAGGUUUUCAAUAACGAUAUCGAACUGGGGGGCAUUCCGGUUCUUGCGGUUGAACGGUUACCAGUACCUGCGACAUCAUCUAUAGUUGCGGGCGUGCGUUGGUUUGUACAUCUAUUCUUGGCCUAUUGUCUUCUAUAUCGUCUGCGCUCGCGCAUCAAUUUCUGCUAAACACUCGCAGUUCGUUGCAGUAAGCGUAACUGAGUCUUCCAGACUCAGCUACUUUAACGGGCGUUCUCGCCAGACAAAACGUGCACAGCAUGGACGACGAGGAUAUCUAUGGUGAUCUAGAUGGCAUACAGCAUGUGCGACCUAAAGCCCCGGAUCCGAACUCGAGUUCUCCUCCACGCGAUCCACGUGGGGGUCGACGGCCUCGUCCUGGGCAGCAACCUGGUGAUGCAUUGCAACAUGAUGAGAUCGGUGCAACUGUCCUCGUGGGAGUCGCGCAACAUGAAGAGAUUUCAGGAGGUGAUGCCGGACGAGCAUGUGCAAAAGUAGACGCGACGCUGGGGUUCGAAAACACCUCUGGAGGAGGAGGAGGAGCUCCGCGUCAAAUGAAGCAGACAUCAAGGAAUGCUCCAGACGGAGCCGCUAUCGGCGAUUCGGUGGAAGAUUAUCAGCAAAACGGAACUGCGGGGGGCGCCGGAAAACCUCAACAACAGGCUGAGGCUUCUUCGACGGGGUUUGCAGCUGGCACAGCAGUUGCUGGCUCGGCGUCGAGAUCGUCACAACCUGCAACAAGCGGAACAACAUACAAUGCUCAGCAGUUGCAGCAAGCGUCCUCUUCGACUGCGAUUGGAAUAUCGGCAUCGCUUAGUCCUGGUGCGCCAAUGUCUCCGAGUCACCAGGCAGUGAGCAAAGCGACCGCCUCCGCUGUUUCGUCACCCAGCAGACUCGUGACACGGAGUCCUCCGAUUAAGCCGCGCGCGUCUUCGUCGAGCAUGUUUCGCGUCAUCAACUCGGGAAAUGAUGAGGAAAUCGUCGCAAAAAUGCGAAAAUACGAAAAAAUGCUGAAGAGGAGGCGGGCAGAAGCUGACGAAAAAGACCAGAAGAAGCCUGACUCGCCUGCAUUGAAACGGCCAAAACUAGACGAAAGUGAACACGAUCUCGCUACUAAGACGUUUUCGGACGGCACCACGGCGGCGACAUCUUCAGCGAACGUAAUAAUAAAUGGUCAAGAAGAUGCCGGCACGAAAGAGCUUCCAGCCGGUGACGAAGAGGCCCGUGAUAACGCUAAUGAAGGGGAUCAUGUGGUAGAAAAAAAAGUGUCUAGGACGUUCAGCAACACCGAAGAAGAGCCAGAGGAACCAGAAAGCGACGAUUAUGGAGCAGAAACAAGUGAGUGGUCAGACUUCGAAGACAUAGCCCGCAACGACCGAAAAUAUGCCGAUGACGUGAAAACCAUGCUGCCGAAACAGCUUGACAAAGCCAUCAAGCUGAGCGACUACUACUCCCGAGCGCAAGUGCGAAAACCGGCGUACCGUAAAGGCGGAGCCUACAAUGGUAUAUCACUUUUUAUUUGCGACAGUGCUACAUUGAAAUUAACCACCUGUUCUACGAUUUAUUUCAACAUUUCGUUUACCUUUAGGAGGUACUAGAGUUAUUGUGAAGAUCCUUUCCAAAAACAUCACUCAGGUACAGGUUUUCGUACUGAGAACUAUAGAAUGCAUAGAUACAGUUACAGAUACAGCUGGUUGUUCUUGUUCACUGCAUUGCCAUUGCUCCCUUUGAAUGCGACUCUCCAGCGCCAGCAGUCUACAAGGAGCGUGUGCAGGACGUACGGGUUGCAGCACCACCAGCCGUGCCUGACGGCGGAGGCAGCGCGAAGCAUUGCAUUCUUGUCGCGAAUUUGCUGUCCACAACAGGCAUUGGAACCAUAAGAAAAAAGGCGGGCGAGCUAGGGACAGUGCGGCAUGUAAGGUGUCUCGAGCAGCCGCGCACGGGAAUCAGUUUCGGAGUGGUAUAAUAGUUUUCUGAUGAACUUGAAUAACCUAAAAAAUCUAUAGUGGCAUCAAUCUGUUGGAAAAUUUGUGAAAAUUUUCCAAUGUGGAUGCGACGACAGAGGCGUUAGGACUAGGGCACCAACAUACUGCUACUUCUUGAAAAUGGAUGUCUUUGUCCUCUUUACCCACUCUGUUAUCAAUUAUGUUUUGAAUUGCAAUCAAAAUAAUUCAAGGUUGUGAUCGAGUACGCUUCACAAGACAGCGCAGAGAAGGCUUUAGAUGCACCUGCAGCGCAUUUCCGGCUCGGAAAAGAGCAGCCUAUGGUUAAAGCAGUAUCCGGCAAGGAAUACGACUUAAUGGUACGGCUGGAACAAUUGAGUUCUGUGCUAUCAUUUUUUUGCAACAGACAUGCACAUGGACUUAGUACUAAAACUUCUUUGAUCCUCGUUUAUUUGACUAAUUAUGGGUCAAACGACGGCGUGGAUGUUUUUUCCGGUAUCUAAUGACAAGAAUAUUCAUCAUCAACUUCUUCUUCUUCAACGAUCAUUAUGCAUGGUCAUUAACUUUCCACGUCCGCGGCUGCAGGUGAAUCCGCCGCAAGGAUCUGUGCCGUGGCUCGUCGGAGGCCCAUGCGAGAUUGAGCUGCGACAGUUGCUUGAAAACAGGCUUUUUGGUCGUGAGAUAACUGUUCACUUGCAACGAGAGCAAGAGCGGCACAGUGAAUUCGCGCGUCGCAGUCGUCAAGAGAAGUCGAACUGGGCAACGCAUCAACAGCCAGCAAGAGGUAAAUAUUCACGUCGCAAAACAAUGUCCUUUGUUCGUCAAAUAUGAAAAAACCCAACGUAAGCAUUCUUGUGGCCCUCUCCAUAAUGAAAAUUUUUGUUGGCUACAAAAAUCAAAAUGAAAAACUACCUGCUAGUAUAACAAGCGCACGAUUAUUUUUAACGUCACAGUCACUCAACCGAACAACUGACUACAUUACUACAACAGGUGACCGAGAUUACAAUAGUCAGUAUCACGGCGGAGGCGGAGGUAGUGGUCAACGCAUAGUGUCAACUGACCUUCGGAAUUUAGUGAACCAGCGCAAUCGCAGUCCAGGAAAACCUCAAGGUGCAGAAAACGCAGCUGCGUCCGUGUGGAAGCCGCCUGCAGUAGGAGCGAAUGCGACUGCAAGCGCUCCUCCAGCUUCUAUUAUGUCUACUUCUACCUCGUCUACUAGGAGUACUGCUGGAAGGGUGGGAGGUGGACAACCAGCAGUCGUAGCCGCUUCUGUCAGCGGAGGUGGAACUCGUGGACCUGGAGCAGUCGGGCAACGAGUGGUCGUAGCUGGAGGAGGAAGGCCAGCUGUUGUUGUAGUCAGUGGCAGUACUGGUGCAGUUUCCUCACAACUUCCACAUGGGACAUCAGCUGCUCCGAGUGGAGGUGUUUUCGUUCCUCCACCCAGUUCUUCUAGUGUUAAGGGUAUGUUAAAGGUGCUUUUCUUACCGCUUUUUAUGCCUCUCCUAAGGGAGAAAGGCAUAACAAGCGGGGUAAGUGAGCACCAAAAGCCUGCCUCUAAUAGUGGCGCGCCGCCGCCAAAUCAUGCUGUCGAGCAGCAGCAGCAGCCUAUGAAUAUAGCGGUGCAGCACGACCGAGGGCCACCCUCCACUACAACUUCUGUGCGUCCACCUAGUACAAACGCAACGCGAGGGGCUUCCACGACAGGUGGUCCGCCAGGUGGCACAACCAGUUCGAGACCCGUGGUUCUACAACAGCAUCAACAGCAGGUCAUCUCCUCGAAUCAGCAUCCGCGAUCUCCUUCAAAGACGGCGCCCACUACUUGGAAUGGCGGCUGGAGUGGCGCUCCUGCGCAACAGCAAGGACAAGCCCCCACGGGAUGGGUAGGGGGGUCCGGAGGACAAUCGGCUCCUGGGAACUACAACAAAGGAGGCUCAGCUGGAGGUAGCAAUAAAGGUGGACACCCUGGCGGGAACUAUCGCGCCAACAACCGGGACCAGACUGGUGGGGGGAAAGGUAGGUCCCGACUAAACGAUGAUUUGGCGAGUCUCAAGGACCUUGUCAACAAGCGAAAAAACAAAUAAUCUUGUCGUUCCCUCGACGCUUCGCUUCUUUUCAUUUUCCAAAGGAGGAGCAUUAAGGUGUAUCUAUCAUAAAAGCUAAAGCUUGCAGACGCGGACCCGGACUUUUCAUAGUCAGUCUUUGCCUUGCCUUUGUGUUUGUUGUAGUUGUACCCACUCCUACUCCUACUCAUGAGUGGUACAACGUGUACCACCGCCAAUUUCAUCCGUUGCGCAGUCCACAAUCUUCGAUGUCUUUGGAUGGCUGCAACUUCUCACGCGCAUACCCGUCUGUCAUAAGCUGCAACAAUUUUUUCCCUUUCCUCCUUUCUCUAAAAUGAAUGUAGUAGACCUCUCGUAAUGAACAUAGCCCAUUCACAUGCAUCUUCGUUAACGUCCUAGUUCAAAUUGAUAACUUUGACUUUCUAGAGGCUUUACAUCGUCGAUCUGCGACACCUGCUGCUUCGAGGUUGACACUAAUAUACAACUGCA